AUGUCGGAGUCCUUCACCGCAAAGCAGGUGGCCGAGCACAAAGAUGUCGACAAGGGCCUGUACAUCAUAAUCGAUGGCGGUGUUUACGCGCUGGAGAGCUUUGUUGACGAGCAUCCCGGUGGCGCAAAGAUAUUGAAGAGGGUUGGUGGAAAGGAUGCCAGCAAGCAGUUCUGGAAGUACCACAACGAGAGCGUAUUGAAAAAGUAUGGAGAGAAGCUCAAGGUCGGAACGCUCAAAGAGGAAGCGAAGCUAUGA